ACAAACUCUUUCAAACAUUGCUCAUUCCACAUAGAAACAUUUGAGCAAAGUGUGAAAAAUCCAUUAAACCAAAAAAGUUAAGGGAAAAGAACAAAAGCUUCAAAAAAAUGGUGUUAUCCGCUACAACAGCUCGUUAUGCCGUUGGCAUCAUAGGCAAUGUCAUCUCUUUCGGAUUGUUUUUCUCACCAGCUCCAACUUUCUAUGGAAUUAUAAAGAAGAAAGCUGUGGAAGAAUUCAAGCCAGAUCCAUAUUUAGCAACACUUUUGAAUUGUGCAUUUUGGUGUUUUUAUGGAUUGCCUUUUGUACACCCAGACAGCACUUUAGUGCUCACAAUUAAUAGUGUUGGACUUGUCUUUGAGUUUGUUUAUCUUACCAUCUUUUACAUCUAUUCCACCAACAAAGGAAGGAAAAAGUUAGUUCUUUAUCUUCUUAUUGAGGCUAUUUUCUUUGCUGCCAUUGUUCUUAUAACAAUGCUAGCACUUCAUGGCACUAAAAAACGAUCAUUGAUUGUUGGUGUUCUAUGUGAUGUCUUCAAUGUGAUGAUGUAUGCUGCUCCUCUUACAAUCAUGGCAAAAGUUAUAAAAACUAAGAGUGUGAAAUACAUGCCAUUUUGGCUGUCUCUUGCAAACUUCCUCAAUGGUUUGGCUUGGACAACAUAUGCUCUCAUCCACCCCUUCGAUAUUUAUGUCUUGGUAAGCAAUGGUAUUGGAGUAGUUUCUGGAAUUGUUCAACUCAUGCUAUAUGCUUGCUAUUGUUCUAACAAAGGUGAAGACAAAGUUGAUGGUGAUCUUGAGCUGAAACCACCUGGGGGUCAUGACAUUGAGUUAUCCUCAAAUGGAAGAAAUGUAGCAUGAUGAUGAUGAUGAUGAUUAAUUUUCUAUUAUAAGACAAUUUUUUUGUGACAAUUUUAAUCCUCACAUCAUCAUUUCCUUUAAUUUUCUAUUAUAAGACAAUUUUAAGUAGGUAUUUGCUAUAGUUUAAUUACUUUUAUGA